CUACCGAGAAAGUCGUGUUUGCGGAGCAACAGUGCUGCGCCUUGGGGAAAGAUACCAGCGCACCAGAGAUUUAUAUUAACCCUUGGCGCCCGCGUCGCGCUAAUUACCGUUAUUUGCUUACUCUUUUUUUUUUGGCUGUUUCAAAAUACCCUCGUGCGACAAGGAGGAGGUUAGCGAUCGGCAUAAAGCGAAGAGGAUAGGAGUAAAGAGGAUUCGAUUUACCUGCCCUUCGAAAUUGCAGCCAACAGUUGACAGCGGCAGAAUGCAACUCUAAGGAAAAUAUCUGACUGGAAAGAGACAGGAAUAAAACAGAAGAGACGGAAGGAUCACCGAGUGACAACGAGUACAAAAGACUUUUCUCCUACAGUGAUGGCUGGAACCAGACUGAUUUUGGUUCUCCUUCUGGCCAGCAGUGUCUGCCAUAUCCAUGCCAACGAUGGCGGUGCUUCUUCGGCAUCCGCACCUGCCACCUUGGGCAUUUUCUUCGAGCGAGCGCCCGAAUCCGCGGUGGCGCCCAAGGGCGACGAGGUGGUCUUCGAGUGCGAACUGAACCUCAAGCCAGAUCGCCUGGAGUGGCGAUUCCGGCGCAGUGGCUCCCCCGAGCCGUACAGAUACCUGAGGUCCUCGGCCGGCUACAAUGUGACCAGUGGCAGUGAUGACCGUGCCUGGCGCCUGCGGAUCUAUGUGAGUGCCCAAACGGCGGGCGACUACCAAUGCGUGGCUUGGUACGGUCCGGGUGCACUGGCCUCCACCCCCGCCCGCUUGGCCUUGGUCUCGAUAGAAUUGGACGGAGGUCAGGGGGCGACGGGAGCCAUGGCACCCAGGGGUUCCAUUCGCUGGAGUGUGGCGCCCAAGAACUGUCUGCUCAUCCGCUGUGGCAGCGUCAUCUCCAAUCCGCCGGCCAUUUGGAGCUUCUACAGGAACGGCAAGAAGCUGCCCCAAUCGGAACUGCUUCCGGGGGCAGCUGGCGCUCUGGUCUUGGACACGGUGACCGCCAAGGAUGCGGGCAACUACUCGUGUGUGGCCACCAAUGCCAUAACGGGCGAUGAGCUGAGGCUACCCCAGACCAUCGAGCUGAGGGUGGACUACACCGAUAGAACACCGCCGUACUUCCUGCAGCGUCCGCCCACGGAGUACUCCGCUCGUCCGGGUGAGACCGUGGUGCUCGAGUGUCCUGGCGUUGGCUCCCCCAGGCCCGGGGUCAUCUGGAGCAGUCCCAAUGUGGCGGGGAUCUACAACAACAGGAGCAAAAUCCUGCCCUACGGCUUGCAAAUCACCGACCUGAGGCCCGAGGACCAGGGAUCCUACAUCUGCAUGCUGGACAAUGGGAUCGCACCACCCAUCGAUCACACCGUCAAGUUGAGUGUCCUGCAACGGCCAACGAUCCUCAAGGGUCCUGCUGCCACGCUGACCAACGAGAGCAACUCCCUGCUGCUGGUCUGCUCCGCCACGGGGAAUCCGCUGCCGGACAUUUACUGGCUGAUAAACGGGGAGGAUGCCACCAAGGAUCCGGAGGCCCAGGUGGACAACCGGAGUCUGCGGCUGUGGCACGUUCAAAAGCGCCAUGCCGGCGUGGUCCAGUGCUUCGCGAAGAACAUUUUGGGCGAGACCAGCGAGGGCAACAUGUUGCGCGUGAAUCCGCUGCAGAUCACUGGCGAGGAUGAGGAACCCCUCGGCGGAGUUCCCAUGUGGCCAGUGCAUGAGCCGAACGGUGGAAUGGGCUCCUCGUCGACUCCAUCUGGUGGCUCUAAAAACAAAGGCGGCCGCAGGAAGUACAAAGCCAGCAUGGUGCCCCCAUCGCGACCCAAUGUCACCCGAUUGUCGGACGAAUCCGUAAUGCUCCGCUGGAGUGUGCCCCAAAACUCGGGUCUGCAGAUCACCUUCUUCAAGGUGCAAUAUCGUCGUUUGGGCGACGGGAAAAAUCGGCGGGAAAACUGGCAAACGACCAGCGAUAAUAUUCCGUUCGGCAAUAGCUACGGAUCCGGAUCCGGAUCCGCCGGAUCGGGAAAUAACCACUGGCGACAGCGGAACAGGGAUCGGGAGUACGAGAUGGGCAAUCCGCCCAAGAACUUUACGUCGUCCGUUACGGGACUGACUGCCGGGAAAUACUACCGCUUCCGGAUCGUGGCGGUUUACUCGAAUAACGACAACAAGGAGGGCAACACUUCCCUCAAGUUCUUUCUGCAAAAUGGCACGGCCAAGUCGAAUUUGCCCGUUCCCGAACUUCGCGAAGUGGAGGCCAUCUCCGAAUCCGCGGUCAUACUGCACUGGUCCUUGGUUGCCUCGGAUCGCCACGACGAGGUCAUAGAUGGCUAUUACGCCUACUACAGGCCAGUGGAUUCGGCGGCGGAAUACCUUAAGGCCACGGUGGAUGGUGCGAGGAGUAGGAGCUUCAAAAUAGACCUCCUUCGUCCGGGCACGCAUUACGAAUUCAAAUUGCAGUCCUUUAACUCCGAUGCAGCCUCUGAGUUCAGUGCCAUUCGACAGGCAAGGACGAAAAAAACCACUGAUCAGGCCGCUUCAUCUUCAUCGACACCAGAGCCCGCCAAUAAAACAGCGGAUCAGCGGCAGAACUCCAUAUAUCCGGUGAUCGCAGGAGCUGCCGGUGGAGGUAUACUGCUCCUCAUCGCCUCCUUGGUGGCUUGCAUGUGUCUGAAAAGGCGGGAAAACAGCCAACCAGAGGACGAGAACAAACCGCAAUUGGAGCACAUCCAAGCGGACUUUGUGACCUCCGCCGUUUUGGGAGUGGGUGGACACCACAAAAGUGGCGAUGUGAGGCGUCUCAACGGAGUGAUUCCCCGGAUGAAUAUCACGCCCAAUCCGCUGGCCCAGGAAACGGCAUCCGAUAAGAAUCGCAACGUGAUGGAGCUGCGUUUCCUGCCGCCGCUGGCGAAUGGAAACGGAAACGGAAAUGGCAACUGCAUUGCCAGGGAUCUGGCCACGGAGCAGCAGCCGGAAGCGGUGGAGCAGCAGGCCGAUGCGGAGGACGAGGGUGAGGAUGACCAGGACCAGAGCCUGCCGGCGGUCGCCUCGUCCUCCUGCGAAACUCUAGAGGCCUGCGACGAGGCCGUCAAGCUGAACCUGAACCUCCACCCGAAACUCGACCACGAGCCGCAGGAUCCGCACAAUCCUGUCCUGGAGGCGCCCAGCAAACCGCUGCCACCGCUGCCCAAGAAACCAGCAUCCACGGCUGGCCAAAAUAACUCCGGUCUGCAUCAGAAUGGCCUGCAUCAUGCGCAGCCGUAUCAUCCUCCUGGCACGCCCACCUUGAUGCACAAGCGCCUGGAUUACCACCAACAGCAGCAGCAGCAGCAGCCACCGCCAGUGCCGCCACAUUCCGCCUACUACCAGCAGGCACCCACCCAUAACCACCACCAGGCGUCGCCCAUGAUGAGUCCGCGGGAGGAUGGGGCGGGAACGCCUACGCCCACCAGGAUUCCAUCGCUGAGGCGCCAGCGACGCACUUCGGGCGGCCAGGUGCACAAUAGCCACAGCAAUCUCAAUCUGAACUUGAAUUUGAGCCACCACCACAACAACAAUAACAACAACAACCUGCCGCCGCACCACCAACAUCUGCACCACCAUCCAGGGCAUCCCAAUCAUCCUGUUCAUCCAGGUCAUCCUGGUGGGCAUCCCAAUGGACUGGUGGGCAUACCCAUUGUGCCAGGAAGUCCGCGAGUCCAGCGAUCGCCGAUGCCCAGCAGGGCGAUGAUCAAGAGGACGCGACUGGGCAGCCACACGGACAACAUUUCCUCCGGCAGUCUGAACAGUAUUGAGGUGUGAUGGCUGGAGGAGCAGGAUCACAAGGAUCACCAGGAUCACGAGGAUCAGAAGGAGCACAAGUUCCCCGAAAACAGACAACUAGGCUUAGGGAGCCCAGAAUUGACGUGUAUUAUUAUCGGUUAUUCAUAGAACAGGUCGGCAGAGCAGUUAAAAACACUUGAAUAUUAGAUUUUACUAAGUUUUCCAUAAACCAAUUUAAUUUGGCAAUUAACUAAGCCAAAAGCCUCUAACUUCAAUCGAUAUGCAGCACAUUUACAACAUUAAACGUAAAGCCUUAAAUUAGAUAAGUGAUUUGUUCUAAAAAUUGAUUAUUUUUCAUAUACUGAAGUAGUUUUGCGCUAGAACCAAAAAUUGUAUUGAAUUUGUAGAGAAAUUUAAGCACAUGAAGUUUCCAGUUUGGAUUUAAUUUAUAGGAAAAUUAUCAAUUAACGGAAAGACUAAUGUUUUGGAACAAAAUUAUUUAAAGCUAAGUCGUGCAACGCUAAUGCUGAUGUUUUGGCUUAAAAAUAGUAUUUAACAAGAGAAACAUACUAUUAAAUUUGUUUGGAAUAAGAGGCGGAAACAGGGCUGAUACAUAUUAAUGUUAUACUCUUUUCUUGUUGCUGCCGGCCAGAUAGUCAGUAGAAUUAUUAUUUUUAUUAUUUUUUUUACACUUUGGUUUAAUUCAAUAGCAUAUUAUUGUGUGUGCAACCCCCUGGGGGUCAAAUUGCAUCUCGACUAAGCCCUGUAGCAUAGUGUUAUUUAUUUAUUACAGUGUAAGCGUCAACGACUCGAAUUGAUUAGUUCAAUUAGGAUAGGCACUCUAACUAGCAACCUAACUAACUUGUAAGGCAAACCAACUAUCUAGCAUUAAGGUAGUGUGACUAAUUUCACCCGACAUUGUAUCGUAUGCGCAAAGUCCACGCAAAACCCAAAAAGCAUCCUAAUCUAUUUUAAGUUCAUAUACAGCAGAGUUUUAAACGUACAUAUGCGAAUUUUGUAUUAAAAAAGAUAUAUUCAAAAAAUUUUA